AUGAUGUUUGUCAGAAAUGAUUCCAGCGUCUUCCGAUUUUGCCGAUCAAAAUGCCGACGACUGUUUGAGAAGAAGCGCAACCCGAGGAAGGUUGCCUGGACGAAGGCCAGCAGACGUGCUCGAGGGAAGGAGCUGGUUAACGAUACAACGCAGGAAAUGGAGUCCCGUCGCAAUGAGCCAGUCAAGUAUGAGCGUGAACUUUGGCAGAAGGUCAUCGAGGCUGGAAAGACGGUGGCCGAAUUGAAAACUAAAAGGUAUGCCAACAAGAUCCGGAAGAACCAGCAACCGGGCAAGAUCGAGAAGAGUCUCGACGCUCAGCCAUGGUACUUUGGACGGGUACGCCGAGCAGAGGCCGAGAAGGCUUUGCAGCAAGCCGAGGGCGGAAGCGGCGUCUUUUUGGUGCGCGAGAGCGAGAGCCGACACAACGAAUUGUCGCUAUCCGUUCGCGAGGUCGACUCGGUAAAGCACUACCGCAUCCGCUCCCUCGACCAGGGCGGCGUGUUCAUCGCCCGCCGCCGCCCAUUCCCCACCCUCAACGAGCUGAUCAGCCACUACCAAUUGGACGCUGACGGUCUUUGUGUUGCCCUCACAACGCCAUGCCCUAAAACAGAUCUACCGCAGACCUCAACGUUUACAUACGACGAUCAAUGGGAAGUUGAUCGGCGGACCGUGAAGUUGAUCAGACAAAUUGGGGCCGGUCAAUUUGGAGAGGUGUGGGAAGGACGGUGGAAUAACAAUGUGGCCGUGGCGGUGAAGCGACUGCGAUCCGGCGCCGCCGACCCACAUCCUCGUCUACUGCAGUUGUACGCCGUCUGCACCCGGGAGCAGCCCAUAUUGAUCGUCACCGAGCUGAUGAGCGAGAACUUGCUCCACUAUUUACAGGGUCGAGGUCGUCCGAGCCCCGCCGAGGCACAACUCCGCCAACAAAUUCGCCAGCUCGUCGAUAUGGCCGCACAGGUAGCAUCCGGGAUGGGCUACCUCGAGUCGAAGAACUUUAUCCACCGCGACCUGGCGGCCCGAAAUAUCCUCGUCUCGCACGCGAACGCCGUCAAGAUUGCCGAUUUCGGGCUGGCCAGGCUGUUGCUGAAGGAGGCCGAGUACGAAGCACACCCCGGCGCACGGUUCCCAAUUAAGUGGACAGCCCCCGAGGCCGCCAACUUCAACAAGUUCACCACCAAGUCGGACGUAUGGAGCUUCGGCAUCCUUCUCACCGAGAUGGUGACGUUUGGGCGGAUACCGUACCCAGGGAUGACGAAUGCGGAAGUGUUGCAACAAGUCGAGCAGGGCUACCGCAUGCAGUGUCCGCCGAAUUGCCCGCCCCCGCUCUACGAUAUUAUGCUGCAGUGCUGGCGUGCCGAUCCGGAGAAGCGGCCGACGUUCGAGACGCUGGAAUGGCGACUGGAGGAGCUGUUCUCCGCCGAUGGAUCCGAAUAUAAAGAAGCGGCCCUUUCCUAU